AUGUCUUCAAAGCAUUUCUUUAGCAAAUAUCAACAGCAAAAUAAUCUUAAAAAAAAGUCUUCCUCCUCGACUUUAGUACAGAGUAUGGAGAACAGCAACAGCGACAACAAUAAUGGUACACUACCCGAAAUUACGAUAACAAGAAGUUCAUCGUCAACUUCACAAGAACUUAACGCUAUCCUAGCACAGCGAACAAAACCAAGCUUCGAUAUUAAUAACUCUCCAACCUCUAUGAAUUUUGAUUCUUCUUUAGAGAACAAUAAGAAUUCUUCAUCAACACAAAAUUUACCACCAGCUUACGGCUCAGAAUCAGACCAAAAAUCUACCGACACCGCCACGACUUCUGUUUCAAUUCCCAUACCAGCCCAUUUACCAGUUUCAACACCAACAGCUCCCUGUUCAGACUUACUUCCCAGCUAUGCACAUGCCACAAUCGAUAUGCCACCAUCAUACUCUUCAACAUCGAAAAACAUCAACGAUGAAUUCGGUAUGAGCCCAAUCGAGCCCCAAAUUCCUUGGUCAAUCACGAAAAAAUUGUAUAUUCUCGGAUUUUUUGUUUGGCCAUUAUGGUUUAUUGGAAUGGGAUGGUGCGUCUUUGGACGGGAAAAGGAGACAAGGAAGUGGGCGAAACGCUGCAUGUGGAAUUCAUUAGUGGUUGCUGCUGUCUUCACAUAUUUGUUGGUCGGAUAUUUCAGAACUGGAAGUCGCCUCGUAUAA